UCGGCUUCGAAGGACCUCGUUUUGUUUCGACAAUGGAAGGGGGUGGAGAAGAGGGCGAACCCCUACAGAGCGAUGCUCUAGUGAAAAUGGACAAGAUAGUAGAAGACGAGGAGCUCAGGUCUCUUCUCAUACCAGAUGUAAAGGAUCUCCCGUCAAUUCCUCCAUCGGCUGUGGAGUCCAACUUCGCUCGCUACUAUGCCGCAGACUUUCUGAAGCCAGGGCAUGAUCAGUACGUAUAUCGCCAUGCCAAUGGAUUGUGUGUAGUCGGUUUGGCUCCAAGCCAUGUCGCCUUGAGAGAGGAAGGUGGCGUAACAGCUGUGAAUUUCAAUGUGGGGAAAUCUGACCGGAGCGAGAUGAAGGUCACCGGAAAGCGCAAAAGGAAUGCGCAGCAUUUCGAUGCCAAAACUUCAUUGUGUAAAGUUUGUGCAAAUGGCAAAGAAUUUAUUGUGAGGUGUUGUGUCAAAGGUUCCCUCUUAGAGGUAAAUGACAGAUUACUUAAGCAACCUGAUCUACUUAAUUCAUCAGCUGACAGAGAAGGAUACAUAGCAAUUAUAAUGCCAAAGCCAAUAGAUUGGCCCAAGAUCAAAGAUUCCUUAUUGAGCCGUGAAGACUACAAGAAAUUGAGAGGCCUUUCUUGAGACAACAAAGGAUUCUGUAACUGCUAUCUGAACAAAGGAGUUGCCAGUUGCAAGAAGAAAGUGACAAUGCUACACCACAGCUCUUUCAGAUUUGUCAACCAAUGAUCAUGUAGUCUUAGGCCCCAGCUGGAUCCCCAAAAAUAAUAAUUAAAGCAUCAGCUAUAACCAAGUUUUUUUUUUUUCUUUUUGGGAUAACCAAGGAUUCAUACUAAGCUGCAUCUUUUAAGGUCCUGAGGAUAUGUUUCAACUAGGGAAGGCCUCCAUUUUUCCUUGUAAAACAUUUGUUUCCAGUAUGACUCUUUGCAGGUAUGUUAUUAUGGUUGAUUAAUUUUAUUAUAUCAGUGAUUCAAACUGUUA